UGCAUGUGACUUUCAGGUAGUAUGUUUGAUGCGUCAACGAGGUGUGGGAAACAGCAGCAGCCAGAUCCAGCGCAAGCUGCAGGAGCGUCAUGCUGAGGUCUGGUUGCAAAAAACAGUCCAAUAUCUUACAGAUUGCAAGGGGAUUGCCAGUGCUGUCACAUCAAGCCUGAUACUGCCUGUGACAUUUGAACCGCUUCCUACAAUGCCUUCUGUCCCUAAGCACUGGUGGCUGAUGCAGGUCUAUGCCCAGGAUGUCCUGCAACGGCUGGAUGAGAUCAAGGCCGCUAUAACAUCACAAUAUGGUCGGAUCUUAAAAAUGGAUUCCACAAAAAAAGUAGCCAGAAAACUAGCAGGACCCAGCUAUGGCACCGCUGCCUGGGCAACCAAUGUUGGAAAUGAGCAUGGACAGGUGAUCAUGUCCGUGCUCACAGCAAGUGAGGGUUUUGGUCUUGGGCCAAUGAUUGAAGGCCUCAUUAGGAGAUACAGAGUGGCUGGGGUAGCUCCUCCCGAGGUACUGUAUGUGGACCGAGACUGCUGUGGCAACACUCUUCUGAGGAGGAUGUUUGAAGAGUGGGAGCAAAUGACCAUCUGGUUGGAUAUAUGGCACUUUAUGCGGAGAUUUUCUGUGGGUUGCACCACCGACUGUCACCCGUUAUAUGCCACAUUUAUGAGUCGCCUCAGCCACUGUAUUUUCAUGUGGGACCAGGACGACCUGACGGCCCUGAAGAUGGCAAAGCAUGCAGAGCUAGAAGCUGACUGGAGACCAUCAUCUGAGGCGGAUGUACUGCGCCGUAUUAGCCGUAGUGAGCUAGCCCUACAUUGCAGGAGAACCACUUGUGGGACCAAGGAGACCCUGACGAUGAUUGAGAGCCUCAUUCAGGCCUUUGAAGGAGAUGCUGGUCGUGAUAUUCUGGGAGUCCCUUUAAUAAACUCAGCCCGGAUGAGUGAGAUCAUAAAGUCCCAGCGAAAGCAUGUGGCCUGCAUCCAGGAUCCUCAAGGUGUGCAGCUCUACAUGCAGACGGGCACUUUAAUGAAGGGAGGGCACCGUCUGCCAACUUACCGCUGUGCCAGAGGUUCUACUUCGCUCGAGUCUUUUCACCUGCACCUCAACAGAUUCAUCCCAGGCACGCUGGCAAGUGACACCUUUUUUCAGGCGUAUCUUUUUGAUGGACUUGCAAGGUGGAAUGAGGACCGGGCUGUGGCAGCAACAACUAAUGAGCAGCAGCCACAUUCCUACAGUCAUCUUCUCCGUCAUGCUGCCAAUAUUCUUGCAGAGGAGGUCAUGGGCAUGAAAAUCAGCCCUUAUGUUGGGCCAAGAAAGUACACUGGUGAACUUAUCGGAGUAGAGUAUCUUUACCAGCAAACUGGUAAAGUUCUGCAGGACUACAGGUUGGCCAUUGAAGAGUCUGAGACCACUGAGGUUGCUAUAGAGGUGGAGGAAGCUUAUGAUGAACUUGAGGAGUUUCAAGACAUCACUGUCCCCACCUUUGACACAGAGCGGAUACCUUCUGCUGCUUCACAAGCAUCAGUGUCUGCAGCAUCAUCUUCAACCCCUCCGGCAACCAGACCCAAGUCAUCACUGUAUGUGUCCCCUACAUUACCAGUGAGAUCUCCUGUCACCAGCUCUACAUCAUCACUGUCUGUGGUCCCUCCAAUACCAGUCACAUCUUCUGUUUCCAGCUCACUGCACACUCAGCCAGCACUAUCUCCUGGCGCACAUAGCUCCCCAGGUAACCAAGGGUCCACAGAAACUGACCUUCCAUCAUCUGAAGAGAACCGUUCGCAUGAUGUUUAAAAGAUUCCUUGCUUUAGGAUCUUUCAUCUGGCUGUACAGGAGGGUAAGGACUGGAAACUGUACUCAUUGGUGAAACGCUGAGACGCUGAGAGAGAGACGCUGACGUCAUCAGAGAGAGACGCAGAGAGAGACGCUGAGAGAGAGCGACGAGGAGUCGCAAGCCCGAAGCUCCGCUGAGCUUAGCAGCUAAAUCCUAUUUUUUCACUAUCUUAUUCCUAUCUAUAUAAUAUAACUUAUUGCUUAUCUUAGGAAUACUUCACCUUGACGAUUACUGAAUUGUAUUACUAAGCGAAACGAUUUUAUCACUUGUAAACACCCAGUGUUAGCAUAUAGCCCGCUAGCAUCGGUGCAGGUUAAAGCUAGCAUUUCUUACCGUCUGUUUACUUAAACCUGCCUUCGUUGGCGAUCUAAUGGCGGAUUCAUACGAUGAAUGCUUUUCUGACCUGUCCACACCAGAUCGGGAAGCUGUGAAAGAGGUGCUGCCCAGCCUUCGCAGAGUCAGCAUACCUCACAUCACCCUGACCACAGACGCUCGUAGGCGGCCGAGGCGUGCUGCGAGCCAGCACCCGUCUCGAUGCAGCUUCACGGACCGCGUUGGGGCUAACGGAGACGCCAUCGCCCAGCAUGAAAACGGUAAGACUCCGCUUGUCAUUGUAACCUGCACUACUUGCCACAUGUACAGUUUAGCUUCUUCCGUCAGCAUAGAGGGGUUUACAUGUGCUAAGUGUAUUGAAGUAGUAAGGCUGACGGAGAAGGUUGCAGAACUAGAAUCGCGCAUCCGAACGCUAGUUGAGGACAGUAAGACCGCUAAUGUUAAUGUUACAAACACUGUUUCGGGUGCGCCUAGUGUUAUGCGUAAUACACCUGGCUCGGUUCCGACUUCAGAGUCAAGGCGGCUGACUAACUGGGUGACUGUCAGGCGGCAUAGUCGCAUUCGGCACCCAAAUCACGCCCCUGUUUUAAUAUCAAACAGAUUUUCUCCACUCAGCAAUACACCGGCUGAGACGUCUGUUAAAAAUGCCCUGGUUAUUGGAGAUUCGAUACUCAGGAACGUUGACAUUGAGGCACCAGCCACCAUAGUCGAUUGUAUACCGGGAGCCAGAGCGUCUGACAUUAGAUCAAAACUUAAAGUGCUGGCUAAUGCUAAACGUAAGUUUUCUAAGAUUGUUAUUCACGCCGGCACGAAUGACACCAGACUCCGCCAGUCGGAGAUCACCAAAGAUACUAUUAAAGAGGUGUGUGAAAUUGCAAAAACAAUGUCAGACAAUGUAAUUUGCUCUGGUCCCCUCCCCGCCUACCGGGGGGAUGAAACUUACAGUAGAUUAGUGUCUCUUCAUGGCUGGAUGUCAAAGUGGUGCCCUCAGCAUAACGUAGGGUUUAUAGACAAUUGGAAGCAUUUCCGGGGAAGACCUGACCUGCUAAAGAGAGAUGGCCUCCAUCCGUCUCCGGAAGGAAGUGCUAUACUCUCUAGAAAUCUGACCAAUAGUCUUACUUUUGAUAUUGUCUGACUAUCCAGGGCCCAGGUCAGGGAACAGACAGAUCGGCUUACCCGUCAGUCUGUUAGCUGCCUUGACAUGUCAAGAUCACAUAUAUCCCAGCACAUAGAGCCUUUUUUACCAGAGUACCAACACAUCUCGACUGUGUCUGUUCCUCGAACAAAUAAAUACAGAGCACCGUUUACCUCGUCUCGUACAAAUCUUAUUAACAUAAAAUUAAAACACAAUACAUUAGCAGAUGAAACUCAAAUGUUAAAAUUCGGCCUUCUUAACAUCAGAUCGCUUACCAAUAAAGAACCUAUUAUCAAUGAAAUAAUUACUGACCAAAACUUAGAUGCACUCUGUUUAACAGAGACCUGGCUUAAAGCAGACGAUUACAUCAGUUUAAACGAAUCCACCCCAGAAGACUAUUAUUAUAAAGACGUUCCUCGUCUAAAAGGGAGAGGGGGUGGUGUAGCUACAAUAUAUAACAAAAUGUUCAAAGUAAACCAUAAAUCAGAACUAAAAUUUUAUUCUUUUGAAAUAAUACUGUUAAACAUGGAAAUAACUGAUCGUAACAACAAAAAGCUUUCGUUCGUUUUAGCUACCAUAUAUAGGCCUCCGGGCCAACACACAGAUUUUCUUAAAGAAAUAGCAGACUUCCUAUCUGAGCUUAAAGUUACUGUAGAUAAAGCUCUUAUCGUUGGUGAUUUUAAUACCCAUGUGGAUAACUCAAAAGAUGCUUUAGGACGUGCGUUUUUGGAUGUUCUAAAUUCUCUCGGUAUUAAACAAAACGUGUCAGGGCCCACGCAUACUCGUAAGCACACAUUAGACUUAAUUCUGUCACUCGGACUCAAUAUUAAUGACAUCGAAAUAUCACCCCAGAGCGAUGCCGUUUCAGACCAUUGCCUUGUGUCAUACACAAUACUUCUAGAUAGGACCGCCCUGUCUACAACAUGCUACAGAUUAGCCAGAACAAUAAUUUCCACCACUAAAGAUAGCUUUACUAGCACUCUUCCAGACCUGUCUCAAAUGAAACAUGUAGCAGAUAACCGUGAAGAUCUGGAUAUUAUAUUAGACAACCUGAACAACGUUUGCUCUAGCACGAUGGAUGCCGUUGCUCCCAUUCGAAAAAAGAGAAUCAAAGAAAAAACGCCAGCUCCAUGGUAUGACCAUCAUACUGCAGCCCUUAAAAAAGUAGCUAGAAAAAUGGAAAGAAACUACCGAAACACAAAGUUAGAGGUAUGGCGUUCAGAAUGGAAAGAGAGUGUUCAACACUACAGACAGGCUAUAAAAACCGCCAGAUCUACCUAUCUCAGUACGCUUAUUAAAGAAAAUCAUAACAACCCUCGUUUCCUCUUUAGCACAGUUGCGAAACUGACUAGAAACAAAGUGUCAUGACUGGGAAACAGGAAUCAGGACGCAAGUGCAGGGUUCACCAUGAAAUAAAUAACAUUUAAUAUAAAAUGAACAGAAACAAAACACGAGGAGUAAAACAGCAACACAGGAACAUCCAAAAUGUGACACGGGGAACAGACAGGGUAGUAAUGACAAUGACAAUGAUCCGGCGACAGGUGAGAAACAGACAGCAGUAUAAAUACACAACACUUAACGGGGAACAGGUGUGAUGAAUCAGUCCGUGAAUAGUCCAGGUGACGUAAUCGGAGAGACGAACAAAACAUGACACGGAUCACCGUGACAUGACCCCUCCCUCUACGAGUGGCUACCAGACACUCACAUAAACAAAGCAAACACAAAAGUCUGGUAGCGAGAGUCCAAGGGAGGGGUGGAGGGCUUGGGGACCCUGGCGAAGCCGGCAGCCGCCGGGAUGAGACCAACAGGAACGGUAGGCCGGACUGCGCCAGGAGAACCGGAGCGAUCGCUCCGAGAACCGAGGCAGACGAAUUACCCCCCUCCUGGGAAUCGCCGACGAUCAGCUGCCCCCGGAAGUCAUCUCCCAUCCCCUCGCGGAAACGGAGACCCUCUCACGGUAGCCACCCCGGGGAAAUGAUCGGGCGUGGUCCGUUCCGGAUCCCCCUGCGAGCAGGAUGGUGGUCCUCCGAGGGACCGUCGACGACGACUCAACCGUUGGGGGACCGCCUGGGCCGAUCCUCCUCCCGCAUGCUCGCAGGAGCGAGCGAUCGCUCACGGUGGUCCCCAAGAGACAUCGGGGCUGAUGGGGAAUGAACCCCGAUGUCACUACUCCCCCUCGACGAAACUCCUGGGGGAGCCGCCCUCCGUGAACCCGCUGCGUCCAGUCUGGCCGGAUCAUUCUGUCAUGACUGGGAAACAGGAAUCAGGACGCAAGUGCAGGGUUCACCAUGAAAUAAAUAACAUUUAAUAUAAAAUGAACAGAAACAAAACACGAGGAGUAAAACAGCAACACAGGAACAUCCAAAAUGUGACACGGGGAACAGACAGGGUAGUAAUGACAAUGACAAUGAUCCGGCGACAGGUGAGAAACAGACAGCAGUAUAAAUACACAACACUGAACGGGGAACAGGUGUGAUGAAUCAGUCCGUGAAUAGUCCAGGUGACGUAAUCGGAGAGACGAACAAAACAUGACACGGAUCACCGUGACACAAAGAACAAACAGAAACCAAUAGUAAACUCCAACACAAUAGUAAAGACUUCAUGAACUUCUUUACUAACAAAAUUAUGUUUAUUAGGGAAAACAUAGAAACUACGCAAGCAGCUACCACUAUACCCAAUAGUACAUUUACCACUAGUUUACCAUACGAACAUCUUGAGUCAUUUGAACCUACUACAAUAGAAGAGCUCUCUAAAUUAGUAACAUCAUCUAAAUCAUCUUCCUGUAUAUUAGACCCCGUUCCCACAAAAUUACUAAAAGAGGUAUUUCAUGUAGUGUCCGACACGGUACUUAAUAUCUUUAACUCAUCGCUAGAAUUAGGAUACGUUCCAACAGCUUUCAAACUAGCAGUUAUUAGACCGCUCAUUAAAAAACCAAACCUUGACCGGGGAGAUCUUAAUAACUUUAGACCAAUCUCAAAUCUACCAUUUAUUUCUAAAAUAUUAGAAAAAGUAGUGGCAAGCCAGCUACGCACAUUCAUAGCGAAUAAUAAUACAUAUGAAAAGUUCCAAUCAGGAUUCAGGCCCCACCAUAGCACAGAAACAGCGCUGCUUAGAGUUACAAAUGACCUCCUAUUAACAUCCGAUCGUGGUGAAAUCUCAAUCCUUAUAUUACUAGACCUUAGUGCAGCCUUCGACACAAUAGAUCACAGAAUCCUACUCAAUAGACUAGAAAACUAUGUUGGCAUCAGUGGUCAGGCGCUAGCCUGGUUUGGAUCGUAUCUAACCAAUCGAUAUCACUUUGUUUAUGUAAAUGAGGAAGAGUCCUAUCACUCCCCCGUUAAAUGCGGCGUACCUCAGGGAUCAGUUCUAGGCCCUAUCCUAUUCUCGCUAUAUAUGUUACCUCUAGGAGACAUUAUCAGGAAACAUAACAUAAGUUUUCACUGCUAUGCGGAUGAUACCCAGCUUUACAUCUCGUCACAUCCGAGCGAAACACACCAGUUUGCUAAACUAACAGACUGCAUUAGUGAUAUUAGGAACUGGAUGGCACAUAACUUUCUUAUGCUAAACUCCAAUAAGACAGAGAUACUUAUUAUUGAACCAAAUCGCUCCAAACAUAAUAUGUCAGAUUACAAGUUGCCCAUAGAUGGCUGCACGGUGGUGCCAUCUUCCACGGUUAAGAAUUUAGGCGUAAUGUUUGACAGCAAUCUAUCUUUCGAUAGUCAUAUCUCCAACGUCUGUCGCACAGCAUUCUUCCAUCUUAGAAAUAUCUCAAAAAUACGCCAUAUGCUGUCAGAUGCAGAAAAGCUUAUCCAUGCUUUUAUGACCUCUAGAAUAGACUAUUGUAACUCGUUACUCGGGGGAUGCAAUGCAAAUCAGGUAAACAAGCUACAGCUGGUUCAAAACGCCGCCGCAAGAGUGCUUACUCGUUCUAAAAAGUAUGAUCACAUUAGUCCAAUUCUGGCAUCUUUACACUGGCUACCAGUUAAAUAUCGCAUAAAAUUUAAAAUAUUACUAAUCACCUACAAAGCAUUAAAUGGCCGAGCGCCCUCGUAUAUUACAGAAUUACUGUCAGAAUACAAUCCACCACGUAAACUGCGAUCACAAACUUCUGGUUACUUAAUUAUCCCUAGAAUAUCAAAAGUGUCUAAAGGUGGUAGAUCCUUUUCCUACUUGGCCCCUAAGCUCUGGAAUGACUUACCAAAAAAUGUUCGAGCAUCAGACACAGUCGAGCAAUUUAAAUCUAAACUUAAGACAUUCUUCUUUAACAAAGCAUUCACAUAGAAUGUCCAAUAAAUGUACUUUUUCCCGCAGUAGUUAUUUUGUCUAGAACAAAGCACUCACAUACCUCAUAUGGGUAAUUUACUCUUGCCGCAAUAGUUAGCCUGUCUGGAACCGAGCUGAAUUAAACCACUAUAAUGUAUGACACUUGCAUUACAUGCGAACGGCCCCUACGCUAAUAGAAUUCUGUUUUUGUCUCCCUGUCUCGUCCUCGACCCUGAGGACAUUGAGACAAACAGACCCAGUUCCUGUUGCUGUGAAGGUCAUCGCACCACUGAUCUGUCCUUCAACGUGAUGCCCAGCCGAUGCGCGACCAACGACCACCGGCUGAACCAGUUUAAUCCGCUUACCCGCUUCCUAUCCCUACCGUGUCUAUAUAUAUAUAUAUAUAUAUAUAUAAAUAUUAAUCUCUCCCUAGGGUUUUUUGUCCUUCUAGGAGUUUUUCCCACCGGGUUUUCUCCUAAGGGGGUUUUUUAGUUCCGGGAGAGUCAGCCAACUUUGGCUUAACUUAGCACUUUACUGUAUACGUGACAUUAUUAAUACGCUCGCUUACACGGUUUAUCCAUAGCCGCUUUAUUCUACUUCUUAUACUAUGUAUUGAUUUUCAGUGUUCUCCUCUACAUCUACUCAUGUAAAGCUGCUUUGCAACAAUUGACAAUUGUGAAAAGCGCUAUAUAAAUAAAAUUGAAUUGAAUUGAAGGAUUGUGUUGGACCCGAUAAUAUUGAAGGUUAUGGAGCUGUGCAGGACUUGGCAGAGUAUUUGUUCAACCUUAGAGAACACCGUCUGGCCUUAACUGGAGAAGAGUCUGAUCAAAUCAUCAACCUAUGGCAGGCAUUGGGGGAGUUUGAUAAGAAAAAGACCACUUACUCGCCACGUCACCAAACCAACCUAAAACAGGGACGAUUCAGGGCCAGUAAGAAGAAUGUGGCACCUGGUGUGGAGAGCACCAGAAGGUGUUUCAUUGGGCAUCAUAGUCCUGCACAGAGGCCUGACUGCAACAGAGUGGUGGAGGGCAUCUUCACAAGGCUCUGUGCUCUCUACCAAAACGCGGUGCACAGAUGAACGAUUCAACAAUCUCAGACUGGUUCUCCAAGCGUUACAAGUCACAGGAUGUGAGGGUUACAAAGCAGGGUAUCAAUUUCCCAGAUGCACCCAUGGCUGGACCUGAGAAGCUUCCUGCGGCUUUGCAGAAAGGGCCGACCCUAUUUCCAGGGAGCUUGGCUGAGCCUCACCUUUUUGUCCUGCCAAGAAACACUGCUGGGGAGGCAAAACUCAAGAGGAGAUCACAACCUCCAGCCAUCUCCCAGGCACCACCAUCACAUCAAAGACUCCCUAUCAUUGCACCAGCAAUACCCAUCUCUCUGCCUUUCAUUUUGCCCUCCCUGCAGCUUCCGACAGUUGUAGAUACAUCAUCUUCAGUGCCUGGAACUUCACAGGUGGUGUUCUUUAACGUACCUUUACCUUCUGCUAUGCCACCAUCAGCUCAGAGACAAACAUCCAGUCAAGCUGUACCUUACUCCACUCAGCAGUACAGGAAGAGAAAACAGAUGAGGGAGGACACUGGAACUGUCACACGCAAAUAUGUGAGGAAGACAGAUGUUAUUCUUUGUAGAAAGUGCAACAAAGAGAGAAAGCCACCAUCACAUCUUCAGUACUUUGGCAACUGGUACUGCAAAGAGACUGAGACUCAGUCAUAUGCUGAAUGGAGGGCUGUGCUGGAGGGACAUGGUUAUAGGAAAAAAAAAACAGGAAAUGACAAUCCUCCAGCUCCUUAAAAAUUUCACAUUUUAUAUACACACUGUAAAUAAUACACACACUAUACACACUGUAAAUAAUGUUAAGUUUAUUUUGUUUAUGGUCAAGUUUUUUAUUGUUAUUGUUUAGGAUGACCUUUCAAAGUUGCACUACUGUGAUAAAUGUUUGUUUUGAUUUAAAAAAAAUGUUUAGUCUGACAUGUCAAAGGUGCACUGCAAAUUUUUGUUUUUGUUAUUAUUAUUAUUAACAUUGAUACGUCAGAAUUGCACUACUAUGUUGAAUGUUUAUUUUAUUAAUGUUUACUAUUUAUUAUUUUGACAAUCCUCCAGCUCCUUAAAAAUUUCACAUUUUAUAUACACACUGUAAGUAAUACACACACUAUACACACUGUAAAUAAUGUUAAGUUUAUUUUGUUUAUGGUCAAGUUUUUUAUUGUUAUUGUUUAGGAUGACCUUUCAAAGUUGCACUACUGUGAUAAAUGUUUGUUUUGAUUUAAAAAAAAAAUUUAGUCUGACAUGUCAAAGGUGCACUGCAAAUUUUUGUUUUUGUUAUUAUUAUUAUUAUUAACAUUGAUACGUCAGAAUUGCACUACUAUGUUGAAUGUUUAUUUUAUUAAUGUUUAUUAUUUAUUAUUUUAUUUUAAUAACAUUGCUGUUCUGGUUUUUUAUUUACCUUAAAAAUCUAUGCAAAUAAUAAAUGUUUAA